AUGGCACCUUCAGUUCCAAGUUGGGCCGCACUAUUCGGUGUUGCUGGUGUUUCGCUGGCUACUGGUUACUACUUAGGCCAUUUCAACGAUACAACAACGGUCAAGGCUACCAGUAAGAAAGAACAAGCAAGAGAAACCUUGCGUAAGUGCAAGGUUCAGGCCGAAAAGGAGUGCGAAGUCGAAGACGAAAGUUUCGGCAAUGCAUCAGGAAGUUUUGAGGACGAUGAUGAAGAUGAAGAAGACGAAGAAGAAGAAGACGAAGUCGAGAUCAAUUCACUUUCAUUGAAUGAUAUUCCAGGUGAGGUGAGAAUGGCAUUGGUGAUCCGCCAGGAUCUGGGCAUGAAAAAGGGCAAAAUAGCAGCCCAAUGUUGCCAUGCUGCUCUUGCAUGCUACAGGCUGAUCGCCACAGAUCCUAGUCGGGAUUCUUACAAUUUGGAAAUGACCCAAAGAUGGCUGUACGGUGGACAGGCUAAAAUUACGCUCAAAUGUCCCGACAAAGAAAACCUAGAUGAACUGUUUGCCAUGGCUCUUUCCUUGGGCGUGAAUUCUUAUGUGGUUCACGAUGCAGGUCGAACUCAGAUCGCAGCUGGCAGCGCUACCGUUUUGGGAUUGGGACCAGCACCAAAAGCUGUACUGGACCAAAUUACGGGUGACUUGAAAUUGUACUAA